UGUGGUUUCUCUCUCGCUGAGUUAUUGUGUAUCUGCCAUAUUGAUCCCUGGGAAUUGAAAGCACAUCGUGAACGUUCUUCCCAAUUUCUUCAGUGUUCCUGUGCCCCAGAAAUUUUAUGGUCACCCAACGAAAACGAUGAACUACGCUGGUUAUGGAAAUCACUCAACGAAAGUACAACUGGUGAACUAUGCUUGUUAUGGAAAAUUUUUGUUAAUUGA